AUGGCCACCUUUAGCGCCGUCUACAGAAGUCUUCAGGAGUUGGUUCUUCCCCUCGGGCUAAGCCUUCCCACCCCUAUAGUUUUGAAAGUGAGGUCAAGUGCCAUUGUGUGCCGCGGUGGGUCCUGCCAGAGUGAUCACGAGAGCGGAACGAAGCUCCCUAGUCCUGGACCACAGAUGGGCUCACGGCUCAAGUGGGGCGGCCAUGAAAAACAUCUCGUACCUCAACACAAGUACCUCAACACAAGUACCACAACACAAGUACCUCAACAAGAGUACCUCAACACAAGUACAACAACACAAGUACCUCAACACAAGUACCACAACACAAGUACCACAACACAAGUACCACAACACAAGUACCUCAACACAAGUACCUCAACACAAGUACCACAACACAAGUAUCUCAACACAAGUACCUCAACACAAGUACCUCAACACAAGUACCACAACACAAGUACCACAACACAAGUACCUCAACACAACUCAACACAAGUACCACAACACAAGUACCACAACACAAGUACCACAACACAAGUACCACAACACAGAGUACCACAACACAAGUACCACAACACAGAACCACAACACAAGUACCACAACACAAGUACCACAACACAAGUACCACAACACAAGAACCACAACACAAGUACCACAGCUUACAAGUACCACAACACAAGUACCACAACACAAGUACCACAACACAAAGUACCACAACACAAGUACCACAACACAAGUACCUCAACACAAAUUACCACAACACAAGUACCUCCAACACAAGUACCACAACACAAUUACCACAACACAAGUACCACAACACAAGUACCUCAACACAAAUUACCACAACCUACCACAACACAAGUACCACAACACAAGUACCACAACACAAGUACCACAACACAAAUUACCUCAACACAAAUUACCUCAACACAAGUACCACAACACAAAUUACCACAACACAAGUACCACAGCACAAGUACCACAACACAAGUACCUCAACACAAGUACCACAACCACAAGUACCUCAACACAAAUUACCACAACACAAGGUACCACAACACAAGUGCCUCAACACAAGUACCACAACACAAAUUACCACAACACAAGUACCACAACACAAGUACCACAACACAAGUACCACAACACAAGUACCACAACACAAGUACCACAACACAAGUACCACAACACAAGAACCACAACACAAGAACCACAACACAAGUACCACAACACAAGUACCACAACACACUCAAUUGA